AUAGAAGUUCGCUCACCACACACUUACAACUCGAGGAAGAAGAAGAAGAAGAAGAGGGAGAGAGACAUGGCCUCCUCAGUGCUCUCCUCGGCCGCCGUCGCCGCCGUCAAGAGCUCCACCCCCCCUCAGGCCACCAUGGUGGCUCCGUUCACCGGCCUCAAGUCCUCCUCGGCCUUCCCGGUCACUCGCAAGAGCAAUGACAUCACCUCUCUCCCCAGCAAUGGGGGAAGAGUUCAAUGCAUGCAGGUCUGGCCACCGACUGGGAAGAAGAAGUUCGAGACGCUGUCCUACCUUCCUCCUCUGUCUCCCCAGCAGUUGGCGAGGGAAGUCGAUUACCUGCUCCGCAAGGGCUGGAUUCCUUGCUUGGAAUUCGAGUUGGAGAACGGCUUCAUUCACCGCAAGUACCACAGCUCCCCAGGGUACUAUGACGGGAGGUACUGGACCAUGUGGAAGCUGCCCAUGUUUGGGUGCACCGACUCGGCCCAGGUGUUGAAGGAGCUCGAGGAGUGCAAGAAGGCUUACCCCAAUAGUUUCGUCAGAAUCAUCGGCUUCGACAACAAGCGUCAAGUGCAGUGCAUCAGCUUCAUCGCCUCCAAGCCCCCGGGCUUCUAAGCAAGUUUAUGUCAAUGGUGGAUCGUGGGAUUACCUUGAAGUGGCAUCGUUCCAAACCUUUCGAUUGUAGCUAGAUGUCCUAUGAUCCAUUCUUCCCUUUUUCACCCAAGUCCUGUGAUAUUUCGUUUACUGUUGAGUUUUCUGAUGAUGCGUUUGCAUUAAGAACCGAUUGAUUCUAUGAAUAAUUUUAGUUGCUUGCUUA